CUGAGAAGGAUUUCCUCACCGUCCCUCUUUCCUCAUACUUGAUCAUAUUUCACGAAGUCCUUUGGGUGUUACACAUCAGCUGUUCCUCUGUAACUUGGCUAUAUUAUGGUCGUGCUGCCGUGAGACAGUUGGAUAGUCUCGACCCGUUCGUCCGCUGCCGUACACCCGCACAAUGACCUACCGGCGGACCUCCGGGAGUCAGACCUACGGGAGUCAGAAGUUUACCGUGUUUUUGAUAGCUCUUCACGUCUUGUCAAUUACAAUAUGCUUCGGUGAAGAUGUGCGCUCCUCCAACAAGACCACUGAAGGGAGAACACUUACUACAACCAAUCAGCAGAGGUCUACCGCCAAGCUGGAACACUACGGGACAACUGUACCUCUCCUAUUGGUCGGAGAAGAAUGGAGACCAGUCACUCUGCUCCAAUCACAGGGCCAUCCUGCGUCUCUGAAGGUGCUGAUAGAAACAGAGGAGGAACAGCUGCUCCUGACUCUGGAGAAAAACCAUGGUUUGUUUGCCAGUCACUACACGGAAACACACUACCUGGAAGACGGCAGCGCGGUCACCGGCUCUCACAACCUCACGACAAACUGCUAUUACCAUGGAAAGGUGCAGGGGCACAUCUAUUCUGACGUCAGCCUCAGUACCUGCUCAGGUCUCAGUGGCUUCAUCUCACUAGAAGACAGAUCCUACGUGUUGGAGCCGUCAACGGAUCCCCCCAGUGGAUCCCACAGAAUCUACCGGUCAGAACAGCUCAACCUCACACCUGGCUCGUGUGGCCAUGGCUUCAACAUGUCGCUGGUUCAUGGAGACGCCCAGAACAGCCACAACCAAUCAGACAGCCCCUUCGGAGCCUUCAGCACCAGGCAGAGGAGACAUACCCAGAGCACCACCAAGUAUGUGGAGCUGAUCAUCGUAGCUGACAACAGAGAGUUCCAGAAACAAGGGAAGGAUGUGGAGAAGGUCAAACAGAGGCUGGCUGAGAUCGCCAAUUACGUGGACAAGUUUUACCGUGCCCUGAACAUCCGUGUAGCUCUGGUGGGGUUGGAGGUGUGGAGCGACCAGGAUAGGUGUCCAAUCACCCAGGACCCUUUCACCACCCUGCAUGAGUUCCUGGACUGGAGGAAACUCAAACUGCUGCCCAACAGGCCCCACGAUAAUGCACAGCUGGUCAGUGGGGUGUUCUUCCAGGGUACCACCAUCGGCAUGGCACCCAUCAUGAGCAUGUGUACAGCAGAGCAGUCUGGGGGCAUCGUCAUGGAUCAUUCGGACAACCCCCUGGGAGCAGCGGUUACUCUGGCCCACGAACUCGGGCACAACUUUGGAAUGAACCAUGACACCCCAGAGCGGGGGUGUGGCUGCAGGGUGACGGUGGACCGAGGAGGUUGCAUCAUGACCCCCUCUACAGGAGUUGGAAACAGUGAUUGGGGAGUUGGAAACUGUGAUUGGAGAGUUGGAAACUGUGAUUGGAGAGUUGGAAACAGUGAUUGGAGAGUUGGAAACAGUGCUUGGAGAGUUGGAAACAGUGAUGGAGAGUUGGAAACAGUCGCUGGAGAGUUGGAAACAGUGCUUGGAGAGUUGGAAACAGUGGAUGGAGAGUUGGAAACAGUCGCUGGAGAGUUGGAAACAGUGCUUGGAGAGUUGGAAACAGUGCUUGGAGAGUUGGAAACAGUGCUUGGAGAGUUGGAAACAGUGAUUGGAGAGUUGGAAACAGUGGUUGGAGAGUUGGAAGCAGUGGUUGGAGAGUUGGAAACAGUGAUUGGAGAGUUGGAAACAGUGCUUGGAGAGUUGGAAACAGUGAUUGGAGAGUUGGAAACAGUGAUUGGAGAGUUGGAAACAGUGAUUGGAGAGUUGGAAACAGUGGACGGAGAGUUGGAAACAGUGAUUGGAGAGUUGGAAACAGUGGACGGAGAGUUGGAAACAGUGAUUGGAGAGUUGGAAACAGUGGACGGAGAGUUGGAGUGUAUGAACCCGUGCUGUAACUCUACAACCUGUACUCUGAAGGGUGAUGCUGUGUGUGCUCACGGACAGUGCUGUCAUGACUGCCUGCUGAAAGCAGCGGGCACCCCGUGCAGGGAUUCCAGUAACUCAUGUGACCUGCCAGAGUUCUGUACCGGUGCCAACCCCCAUUGCCCUGCUAAUGUGUACCUGCAUGACGGGCACGCCUGUCACAACGUUGACGGACACUGCUACAAUGGGAUCUGCCAGACACACGAGCAGCAGUGCAUCACUCUCUGGGGUCAGGGAGCCAAGCCCGCCCCAGGGAUCUGCUUUGAGAGAGUCAACUCGGCAGGAGAUCCCUACGGGAACUGUGGGAAGGACUCCAAGGGAUCCUUUGCCAAGUGUGAAGCUCCAGAUGCUAAGUGUGGCAAAAUACAAUGUCAAGGGGGAGCCAACCGACCAAUAAUAGGCACCAAUGCCGUCUCCAUAGAAACCAACAUCCCCCUCCAAGAGGGGGGCCGAAUCCUGUGCCGGGGGACCCAUGUCUACCUGGGGGACGACAUGCCGGACCCGGGCCUCGUCAUGUCGGGCACAAAGUGUGGCGACGCCAUGAUGUGUCUGAACCGACAGUGUCAGAACGUCAGUGUCUUUGGAGUGCAGGAGUGCUCAGAGAAGUGCAGUGGUCGAGGGGUGUGUAAUAACAACAAGAACUGCCACUGUGAGGCCCACUGGGCUCCUCCCUUCUGUGACAAGGCAGGCUUCGGGGGAAGUGUGGACAGUGGACCGAUGAGGCUAGCAGACUACGGUGGCGUGGCGGUGGGGGUCCUGUUGACUCUAAUAACCUUCCUGGGAGCCGGCCUCAUCGUCUCCAUCAAGAGAAAGACCCUCCUGAGACUACUCUUCACCAACAAGAAGAACCCUAUGGACAAGCUGAGGUCGGUGGGGCCUAACAGAUCAUCUGGUCCAGGCCAUAGAGAUUCCCCACGUGGCCAGCUUCAAGCCCAGACACAGACAUCGCCACAGAAACACAGCAGCAGCAUUUUCAAGCCUCCUCCCCAAAACCAACACCCCCCUGGACAGCUCUACCCCUCCCACAGCCAGCGACGACUACCCCAGUGCUCUCCUGUUCACCUCAGUCACCCCGUCCCCCUGUCCCCUACGUCCGCCCCCGGACCAGGACAGCCCAGACCACCUACUCCCCCUCCUCACCGAGCCCUGCCUCCCCAUGGCCAAGGACAUGCCCACAGCCACACCCAGGCUCCGCCCAGAGGGGCAUCAUUUCGCAGUGUGCCACAGCAACAUAACUCCUGCAGGAUGGUCUUGGAUUUGGAGAUGCCAAGUCCACCCCAGAAACCCCUACCUGCCGACCCCCUGGGCAGGAAUACCCAGAAGCCUCUACCUGCCGACCCUCUGGGCAGGAAUACCCAGAAGCCUCUACCUGCCGACCCCCUGGGCAGGAAUACCCAGAAGCCUCUACCUGCCGACCCCCUGGGCAGGAAUACCCAGAAGCCUCUACCUGCCGACCCCCUGGGCAGGAAUACCCAGAAGCCUCUACCUGCCGACCCCCUGGGCAGGAAUACCCAGAAGCCUCUACCUGCCGACCCCCUGGGCAGGAAUACCCAGAAGCCUCUACCUGCCGACCCCCUGGGCAGGAAUACCCAGAAACCUUUGCCUGCUAACCCUAACACUAACUCCCCUUCAAGGAGUGGUCAUCUGAUUCGUAGCCCCAUUGCUGUCGGUGUCCCCAUCCCUGUACCUGUCCCCGGUGUCCCCAGGCCGCUGAGACCUGUUCCACACCACAACAGAUCUGUUCCUAAGCAACCCCCAACACUACCUAAGCCUCGUACGAUCGUCCACGCCAAGUUCAGCAGCUGAGAGCAGCUGGACUAAACUUGAAGGGAAUUGAAGAACGUUCUUUCUAUAAGAUGAUAAAGACAUUUCACUUGCACUAUGAAACUCUGAAAACCUUAAUGGUGUCUCUGAGUUUUGAAUAAUGGGGACGGACCGUUGGGCGGUUGGCGUGUCAGCGAGUCAGUCCCCCCCCCCUGUUGGUGCUCUGAUGUCAGAGAGGUGCUAUAGGUCUGAGCUCAGGUACACGUAUGUAAAGUAUGUAUGUUUUGUGUAUUUAUUCAUUAGUUACCACACAGUGCACUGUGCCAGACACUUGGGAUUUCAUCUGUAGUCUUUAUUUUCUACUGUUAGCCAUUUGAUUUCAAUCAUGGUGAUAUUUUAACCUGUUUCGAUGGACAGGAAGCAAAGAGAAAGGUCCAACUGAACAAAGCCUUUCUCUGGAGAUCUGGGAAGUUGGAAAGACCCUAACGUGGCGUUCAAUGACCUGGAUUCAGAACAAAGGGAAAGACAUCUACAAACAUCAGACAGGGAGACUUUCUUCUGCACUUGGGUUGACGGACUUGUGUUGCGUAUGACGCCAGCUGUUGUAAGACAACGGUGUCACUGGUAGAUCCUGUCGCAGGUCUUCCUCCGUACAGUAUACAGCCAGCUGUUGUAAGACAACGGCGUCACUGGUAGAUCCUGUCGUAGGUCUUCCUCCGUACAGUGUACAGCCAGCUGUUGUAAGACAACGGCGUCACUGGUAGAUCCUGUCAUAGGUCUUCCUCCGUACAGUAUACAGCCACCUGUUGUAAGACAACGGCAUCACUGGUAGAUCCUGUCGUAGGUCUUCCUCCGUACAGUAUACAGCCACCUGUUGUAAGACAACGGCGUCACUGGUAGAUCCUGUUGUAGGUCUUCCUCCGUACAGUAUACAGCCACCUGUUGUAAGACAACAGCAUCACUGGUAGAUCCUGUCGUAGGUCUUCCUCCGCACAGUGUACAGCCACCUGUUGUAAGACAACGGCAUCACUGGUAGAUCCUGUCGUAGGUCUUCCUCCGCACAGUGUACAGCCACCUGUUGUAAGACAACGGCAUCACUGGUAAAUCCUGUCGUAGGUCUUCCUCCAUACAGUGUACAGCCAGCUGUUGUAAGACAACGGCGUCACUGGUAGAUCCUGUCGUAGGUCUUCCUCCGUACAGUGUACAGCCAGCUGUUGUAAGACAACGGCGUCACUGGUAGAUCCUGUCGUAGGUCUUCCUCCGUACAGUGUACAGCCAGCUGUUGUAAGACAAUGGCGUCACUGGUAAAUCCUGUCGUAGGUCUUCCUCCGUACAGUAUACAGCCACCUGUUGUAAGACAACGGCAUCACUGGUAGAUCCUGUCGUAGGUCUUCCUCCGCACAGUGUACAGCCACCUGUUGUAAGACAACGGCAUCACUGGUAGAUCCUGUCGUAGGUCUUCCUCCGUACAGUAUACAGCCACCUGUUGUAAGACAACGGCGUCACUGGUAAAUCCUGUCGUAGGUCUUCCUCCAUACAGUGUACAGCCAGCUGUUGUAAGACAACGGCGUCACUGGUAGAUCCUGUCGUAGGUCUUCCUCCGUACAGUAUACAGCCACCUGUUGUAAGACAACGGCGUCACUGGUAGAUCCUGUCGUAGGUCUUCCUCCGUACAGUAUACAGCCACCUGUUGUAAGACAACGGCGUCACUGGUAGAUCCUGUCGUAGGUCUUCCUCCGUACAGUGUACAGCCAGCUGUUUCUCCCUCUGUGACCGUACUGUGUAUGCCCUGAUGCUGAGAGACUGAGCCCUGAGGAACACCAAUAACAACCUUACACCAACCAUACACCAACUAUACACCAACCAUACACCAACCAUACAACAACCAUACACCAACUAUACACCAACCUUACACCAACCAUACACCAACUAUACACCAACCUUACAACAACCAUACACCAACCUUACACCAACUUAUCACCAACCAUACACCAAUCUUUCAACAACUUCAGUGCCUUACAAAAGUGUUCAUCCCCCUUGGCGUUUUUCCUAUUGUGUUGCAUUACAACCUGUAAUUUAAAUAGAUUUUUAUUUGCAUUUCAUGUAAUGGACAUAUAAAAAAUAGUCCAAAUUUGUGAAGUGAAAUUAUAAAAAAAUGAAAAAAAUAAAAGUGGUGUGUGCAUAUGUAUUCACCCCCUUUGCUAUGAAGCCCCUCCCCUUUGCUAUGAAGCCUCUAAAUAAGAUCUGGUGCAACCAAUGACCUUCAGAAGUCACAUAAUUAGUUAAAUAAAGUCCACCUGUGUGCAAUCUAAGUGUCACAUGAUCUGUCACAUGAUCUCAGUAAUUCUUUAUCCCCUUACACUGUGUAUAAGAUAUUAGUUUUGGAAUUGUUAGUUAGAUUACUUGUUGGUUAUUACUGCAUUGUCGGAACUGGAAGCACAAGCAUUUUGCUACACUCGCAUUAACAUCUGCUAACCAUGUGUAUGUGACAAAUAAAAUUUGAUUUGAUGAUUUGUAUAUAUACACCUGUUCUGAAAGGCCCCAGAGUCUGCAACACCACCAAGCAAGCGGCACCAUGAAGACCAAGGAACUCUCCACACAGGUCAGGGACAAAGUUGUGGAGAAGUACAGAUCAGGGUUGGGUUAUAAAAUAAUAUCAGAGACUUUAAACAUCCCACGGAGCACCAUUAAACACAUUAUUAAAAAAAUAAAGAAUAUGGCACCACAACAAACCUGCCAAGAGAAGGCCGCCCACCAAAACUCAAAGACCAGGCAAGGAGGGCAGCAGGGGAGCCUAGUGGUUAGAGCCUUGGACUAGUAGCCAAAAAAAGUUGCAAGUUCAAAUCCCCCAGCUGACAAGGUACAAAUCUGUCAUUCUGCCCCUGAACAGGCAGUUAGCCCACUGUUCCUAGAAUUUGUUCUUAACUGACUUGCCUAGUUAAAUAAAGGUAAAAUAGAAUAAAUAAAUAAAAAUCAGAGAGGCAACAAAGGGACCAAAGAGACCCCUGAAUGAGCUGCAGUAGUGUUCAACUCCACAGUGGAGAUUGGAGUAUCUGCCCAUAGGACCACUUUAAGCCGUACACUCCACAGCGGAGAUUGAAGUAUCUGCCCAUAGGACCACUUUAAGCCGUACACUCCACAGCGCUGGGCUUUACGGAAGAGUGUCCAGAAAAAAUCCAUUGCUUAAAGAAAGAAAUAAGCAAACAUGUUUGGUGUUCGCCAAAAGGCAUGUGGGAGACUCCCCAAACAUAUGGAAGAAGGUUCUCUGGUCAGAUAAGACUAAAAUUGUGCUUUUUGGCCAUCAAGAAAAACACUAUGUCUGGCACAAACCCAACAUCUGUCAUCACCCCGAGAACAACAUCCCAGUGAUUCUGGCAUGGUGGUGCCAGAAUCAUGCUGUGGGGGUGUUUUUCAUCGUCAGGGACGGGGAACCUGGUCAGAAUUGAAGGAAUGCCGAAAUACAGGGAAAUUCUUAAGGGAAACCUGCUUCAGUCUUCCAGAGAUUUGAGACUGGGACGGAGGUUCACCUUGGAACGGCCUAGUCAAAGCCCAGACCUCAAUCCAAUUGAGAAUCUGUGGUAUGACUUAAAGAUGGCUGUACAUCAGCGGAACCCAUCCAACUAGAAGGAGCUGGAGCAGUUUAGCCUUGAAGAAUGGGCAAAAAUCCCAGUGGCUAGAUGUGCCAAGCUUAUAGAGACAUACCCCAAGAGACUUACAGAUGUAAUUGCUGCAAAAGGUGUCUCUAUAAAGUAGUAGUUACGCACAUUCAAGUUUUCUGUCCUUUGUCUUAUUUCUUGUUUGUUUCCCAAUAAAAAAUAUUUGUAAAUCAAAUGAUUCAACCCCCCCCCCCCCCCCAUCCAUUUUAAUUCCAGGUUGUAAGGCAAUAAAAUAGGAAAAAUGCCAGGGGGGGUGGAUAUUUUAGCAAGCCACUGUAUACACCAAUCUAACACAAACCUGACGACAACCCUACACCAACUUUACACCAACCUAACACCAACUUUACACCAACCUAACACAAACCUGACAACAACCCUACACCAACUUUACACCAACCUAACACCAAUUUUCACAAACUUUACACCAAUCUUACACCGACUACACACCAAUUUCACAUCAACCUUAAAACAGCUAUACACCAACCUUACAUCAAUCAUACACCAACCUUACACCAACCUAACAAAAACCUUACAACAACUUUACACCAACCUUAGAACAACCAUACACCAACUUUAUACCAACCUUAAACCAGCUAUACACCAAUCUUACACCAACCAUAAACCAAUCUUACACCAACCAUACACCAAUCUUACAUGUUAUUACACAGUCCAGAGGUGUUAUUACACAGUCCAGAGGUGUUAUUACACAGUCCAGAGGUGUUAUUACACAGUCCAGAGGUGUCUUAGUCUUGUCUUUAUGUCAUAAAACUCAGAAGAUACAAGGUGAUUAUUUUAUUACAUUAUUUUAUGUUUUUUUAUUACAGCGUGAAGGCUGUAAUUGUUGACAAUAUUGUUCAAAACUUUUCAUUCACACUGUUCAACUUUAUUUUAAUCACACACUUCUUGUUCUCAAAUAUCUCGAUGGAAAAACAGAUAUGUUUUGUCACGUCUAUCUUGUAUUUAAUCUCUUGGCUUUCGGAGGCAGAGAUCCAGAGAUUCAUAAUCAGUUAGUUUUACUAUGACGUUCUAUUGUGUUGCACUCGUUUUACCUUGUUUACUUUGCUGUUUGAAAGUCUUGUUGCCAUGACACCAGUAUUACUGUUCUGAGUCCUACCUGUCCUGAGUUCUACCUGUCCUGAGUCUUACCUGUCCUGAGUCUUACCUGUCCUGAGUCUUACCUGUCCUGUGUCCUACCUGUAGUCACAUCAGUAUUACCUGUCCUGUGUCCUACUGUACCUGUCCUGUGUCCUACCUGUGGUCACAUCAGUAUUACCUGUCCUGUGUCCUACCUGUCCUCUGUCCUACCUGUAUGUUCUGUUUGAAAGUUAAUUUUUGUCUGUGUUACAUAGAAAACACAAUAUGCUCCAUGUAAACACCACACGUUAUCAUGGACAGAUCGAUUUUUGUAAGAUAAGUCUUUCACACAGACCUUUGAACACUUGAGCAGUAUCAGUAAAAUGUUUUUUUAUUAAGC